GCCAGUACUUCAAAUUCGAAAGAUGUUUGGUGUUUGUGUUAUCUAAGGAUUGAAACUACUUUAUAUGAAGUAUCUAAGGAUGGGAACUAUUUUAAAGAGUUAUUCAUUUUUUGUUUAUUUUAUCCCAGUUAUACAAGGAGUCCAGGGAAAUGUAAAGGCAGAGGGACGCAUGUUUGGGCUGCAAUACGGAUUUAAAAUGGAAAGAGCAGCCGAGGGAUACUUAGCAAGACUAGAGACAACCAACCCUUUAUCAUGUGCAAAGAGCUGUGCUAGUAGAGAAUGGUGCGCGUCCUUCUUUUUUUCAACGAGUGUACGCUCCUGCCAAUUACACGCGGAUAUAUUACAGUAUGCCAACUUCACCGGAACGUUAGAGACAAUGCUUGGAACAAAAUAUUAUGCUACGACACCGACACCGUCAACAGGUGUCCCAUUAACAACAUUGUCUUCAACAUCAGAGACGUCAAGUACGGCAUAUGAAUCUCAUACAGCGCCGUCUGAUGCAGAUCCUAUAGGGCCAUCAGACGCAGAUCCUACAGAACCGUCAGAUGCAAAUCCUACAGCGCCAUCUGAUGCAGAUCCUACAGCACCAACAGAUGCAGAUCCUAGAGCACCAUCCGAUGCAGAUGCUACAACGUCAUCAGAUGCAGAUCCUACAACGACAUCAGAUGUAGAUCCAACGGCGCCAUCAGAUACAGAUCCUAUAGCGCCAUCAGAUGCAGAUGCUACAGUGCCAUCAGAUGCAGAUCGUACAGUGCCAUCUGAUGUAGAUCUUAUAGUGCCAUCAUAUGCAGAUCUUACAGUGCCAUCAGAUACCGAUCCUAGAGUGCGAUCACAUGCAGAUCUUACAGCGCCACUAAAUGCAGAUCUUACUGCACCUUGAGAUGCAGAUCUUACAGCGCCACUAAAUGCAGAUCUUACUGCACCUUGA